CCUUUCAAAAUAUGCCUCAUUUUCGACUGGAAACGAAUGUUCCUCAAGAUAAAAUCCCUGCUGAUUUUUCUUCAAAGAUAUGUGGAAUUUUAUCAAAAUCUUUGGGUAAACCCAUAAAUUAUUGUUGUGCAACAGUCGUUGGAGGAGUUGAUAUGUCUUGGGGAGGUACUAAGGAACCUGCAGCACAAGCCACUCUAAUGAGCAUUGGAUCAUUAGGAGUGAGAGAAAACAAAAUUCAUGCUAAAGCCUUAUUUGAAUGCGUUUCUCAAUAUAUUGGUGUUCCUGCAGAUAGGAUGUACAUUUGCUUCAUUGACUCACCAUCCAGUGAUGUUGGCUAUAAUGGGACCACAUUUCAUGACAUAUUUGGCAAAUAAUGUCAUUAACCAUAUGUGUACUGUAAUUUUAUAUCAUAUUGCUGUUGGUGUAUAAAAUAGAGUAUACAUUUUCA